AUGGUGUUCCGGUCGCCUCUCGACUUGUUCUCGGCCUCCCGCCUGCUGCUGGCCCCCCCGCCGGCUUCGGACGUCCCACCUCCCGGACUAUGCUUCUCGGCGUCGCAGAUCGCCGGCGUGUGCGAGACGCUGGAGGAGUCUGGCGACGUGGAGCGCCUGGCGCGCUUUCUGUGGUCGUUGCCGGUGACCGCGGACGGGCGCGACUCCAUCUCGGAGCACGAGUCGGUGCGCCGCGCGCGCGCCGUGGUGGCCUACCACAGCGGCAGCUUCCGCGAGCUCUACCGUAUCGUGGAGACGCACCGCUUCACGCGCGCCUCGCACGGCAAGUUGCAGGCCAUGUGGCUGGAGGCGCACUACCGCGAGGCGGAGAAGUUGCGCGGUCGGCCCUUGGGCCCCGUUGACAAGUACCGCGUGCGCAAGAAGUUCCCGCUGCCACGCACCAUUUGGGACGGCGAACAGAAAACGCACUGCUUCAAGGAGCGAACGCGCGGGCUGCUGCGCGAGUGGUACCUGCGGGAUCCCUACCCGAACCCCGGAAAGAAGCGGGAGCUGGCGCAUGCCACCGGGCUCACCCCCACGCAGGUGGGCAACUGGUUCAAGAACCGGAGGCAGAGGGACCGAGCCGCCGCUGCCAAGAACAGGUUGCAGCACCACCGUUUGUGUUCUGAGGGCACGCACCAUCCACUGGGCGGCGGGGGGGCUUGCAGUCCGGACGUUGAUGCAGAGCGAGCCCACGAACAGACGCUCCUCUCUGUAACAGACAGUGAAUCGGACCUGGAGGUCUGA